AUGACCCGGAACCGCCCACACCACCGCGCCUGGCUGGGCAUCACCGGGCCGAAGCGCCGGUUCCGCGCCGCGCCUAGGCAGUUGUUUGAAUCCGUGGGCCGCAACGUGGUUCCUUUGGCCCAUGCGGUCACGCGUCCAGCCUCCCUCAUUUUCUUGCUCUUCCUGACCUGCUCGUUGCUGGCCACCUUCCAUGCCUAUUUUGUUUUUCCCUUGCAUCAGGAGACUUCCUUGGAUACCGUCCUUGAUCGCCUCAUCGACAUGUUCCGAUUGGAAAUGUUGAGUGACUUCGACCUGGAUGAGCUGCUCCUCGACCGACUUCGCGACGCCGCACCGGCUUCGUUGUCCCAGACACGACCUGAUCCCAAAGAUGACGCGCGUGGCAGGCAGUAUCAAGGAAUCCGGGUGGGCUUUGUCUUGAUCAGCCUCAGCCUGUCGGUGGUGGCGAUGAAUACUUACAUCGGUCUCCUGGGGGAGCUAUAUACUGAAGCCGUGCAGAAGAAGAAUCAGAUCUACAACAACUAUUUGGCCACGGUCCUUUGGCCCCACUUGUCGAUGCCACUUGGACCGUCGAUCACGUCGAGUCCGGCAUACGUAGUCCGCCAGGCACGCUCGGUCCUAACUGAUGCCGGAGAAUCGCUGCGUCGGUGA